GGGCGAGGAGUCUGCGGACAGGGGACAGCUCGAAAACUGGGGAGUAAGCUGAGUAGCUGUGGCUCCGGAUCCCAGGCUGGGCUGCAGGAGUAUCUCUGGUGCUGUGGGCCGGGACCGCUCCUCCCUCCCGGCCUUCCGGGCUUCCUUGCCAGGAGGGCCGGAAGGGAGCGGUGCACCUGGAGCCCAGGGUUCUCAGGCCCCAGGCCCAAGAGGUUCAAGCUCUUUGGGGUCCCUCUCCGUGCUCUGGCUCGGGAAAAAGUCUUGUCACCCACAGUGAGCUGGAGUACCGAUGACUCGGACCUCAGCCCCAGGCUUUUGCUGUGGAGGACAAAACCCCUGACUGACCUGAGCGGACGUCCUGUUAGAGGGUGGCGCCUGGAUGAGCCUGGGGUGGGGAAUACAGUGAAGAGGGUGUUGCAGUUCUUAGAAGAGAGGUGACGGAAAUCUAAACUGAGGAGGUGGCAGUGAGUAUGGAAAAGUGAUGAGCGAUGUGGCUCGCUGGAUUUGGUGGAUUUGGGUUGAAGCUGAAGCUUAUAGCCUACAGAUUAAGAAGGUGGUGCCACUAUAAAAUUGGGAUAUAUCAAGUUUGAAACCGUGGUUUAUGUGGAGAUGGUAGAAAGAUUAAAAAGAAAAAAAAAAAAAAAGCCUGGAAAGUAAGCCGGAAAGAAAUUUUCAAGGUGAGGACCAAAUCAGAAAAUGAUCCACAGUCUAUUUCUCAUAAACUGUUCUGGUGACAUAUUUCUGGAGAAGCACUGGAAGAGUGUUGUGAGCCAAUCUGUCUGUGAUUAUUUCUUUGAAGCUCAAGAGAAAGCUGCUGAUGUUGAAAAUGUACCACCUGUCAUUUCAACACCUCAUCACUACCUCAUCAGUAUCUACCGAGAUAAGCUCUUCUUUGUGUCUGUCAUACAGACUGAAGUGCCACCUCUCUUUGUAAUUGAGUUCCUACAUCGAGUUGCUGACACUUUUCAGGACUACUUUGGUGAGUGUUCGGAGGCUGCAAUUAAGGAUAAUGUGGUCAUAGUAUAUGAGCUCUUGGAAGAAAUGUUAGACAAUGGAUUUCCACUGGCUACUGAAUCUAACAUUUUGAAAGAACUGAUUAAACCACCAACAAUUCUACGUUCUGUCGUCAACUCUAUUACAGGCAGUAGUAAUGUUGGGGACACACUCCCCACUGGGCAGCUGUCCAACAUCCCAUGGCGCCGGGCAGGGGUCAAGUACACAAACAAUGAAGCCUAUUUUGAUGUUGUUGAAGAAAUAGAUGCAAUUAUAGAUAAAUCAGGAUCUACAGUCUUUGCAGAAAUUCAGGGGGUCAUUGAUGCUUGCAUUAAGCUAUCUGGAAUGCCUGACCUUUCUCUUUCUUUCAUGAACCCAAGGCUUCUAGAUGAUGUCAGCUUCCAUCCCUGCAUCCGGUUCAAGCGUUGGGAAUCUGAAAGAGUUUUGUCAUUUAUUCCUCCAGAUGGAAAUUUCCGACUCAUAUCAUAUCGUGUCAGCUCACAAAAUCUAGUGGCAAUACCAGUGUAUGUGAAACAUAGCAUCAGCUUUAAGGAGAACAGUUCUUGUGGCAGAUUUGAUAUUACAAUUGGACCAAAGCAGAAUAUGGGAAAAACUAUUGAAGGAAUCACAGUGACAGUUCACAUGCCAAAAGUUGUGCUGAAUAUGAACUUGACACCAACACAAGGCAGCUAUACAUUUGAUCCAGUUACCAAGAUACUAACAUGGGAUGUAGGAAAAAUUACUCCACAAAAGCUCCCAAGUCUUAAAGGACUGGUAAAUUUACAGUCUGGAGCACCCAAGCCAGAAGAGAAUCCAAGCCUCAACAUACAGUUCAAGAUCCAGCAGCUUGCUAUUUCAGGCUUAAAAGUAAACCGCUUGGACAUGUAUGGGGAGAAAUAUAAGCCAUUUAAAGGAGUCAAAUAUGUCACGAAAGCUGGAAAGUUCCAAGUGAGGACAUGAGAAGAGGCCAAAAUUCCUCAAGAUGUGUUUGUUUUCCAAGUGUCAUUACAGUUUAUUACUAUUAGGUACCAAGUGGGUGGGAAUACAUAUUCUAGUUAAAGCAUUUGUGUCAAGCUACACACCACUAACAAAGUUGCUUAGUAAUCAGUGUAGGGUUCUUAAGGAGCUUUAAGCUAAGGUAACUUUUGAAUGACUUAGCUUAUUUUGUAUCUUUUCACUUAGGAAAAUUUUGGAGUUGAUUUCCUCUAUAGGGGGGCACCAGCUGGAGGCUGCACACUGUAACAGUAAAGGCAGAAGGCUACAAAGAUAGCCUCUCUCCUAAAACAAGUGAACUGGUCUCAGCCAGCAGGAGCUGUCUUAAUUUGUAAUGUGAUGUGUCAAGUGCAGCCAAAUGUCACACUUGAUCUUAGCCAUUCCAAAUCAGCAUCUGUCCCAACAGAGGAAAUUUCCCCCACCCCGAGAAGUUUACAGAAAACUGCCUCUUCAAGUGUUUGCCUUAUUCAGCUUUUCACUUGUGCCAUUAAGCAAGCACUGUAGCAAAAGCCACUUCCACAUGGCCCUGGCAGGGAGCACUGCUGCUCCAUGCUCCAUUCUCACUGUACUUGGUAUUGUAUUUUUUAUAAAUAAGAUUUUUAUGUAAAGCUCAGAUUUUGAUUUACAGGGACCUUGCUGCAGUAAGUACCAUCUCAGUUUUGUGGCACUGGUUCAGCUGUUCGCACAGUAAAAAUCAUUGGUAUCAAAGGGGCGAAUGCUUUAUUAAGGUAAUAAAAGGGAACACUACUUCUGCUUUUAGGAAGUUAUUGCAAGCACAAGCAUUUGAGAUUUUAAGCAAAUUAAAGUAGUAAAAGAGAAACUUAAGUGAACCUUUGCCAUCUUCAUGUUUUAUAAAGCUUAUCCAACAUGACUUAAACCAUAGUUAGCUUAAAAGCCUCUUGCCCCAGUUCAGUGAAAGGAGGAAAAUACACCUGCCUCAGUAUCAUCAGUCUUUUUUUUUUUUUUUUUUAAUCUUUUUUAUUGUUGUUUUUAAGGGCUUGAAUUUGCCCGCAGCCCUUGUUUUCAGGGGGAACUCCCUUUUCAUAUUGUGUUCUUCCCAAGGCUAUAGUCAGUAGAUUCCUUCCUGAAACUAUUGCCAUAAUUGUCGCUGGAGUACUUAAAUGUCUCUACUGUAUGUGGAGGUACAUUAUAUUGAGGCAGAAACAAAAUCCUCAGUAACGUUGAUGAAACCGUGUUGAUCAUCAGGGUUGGCAAGUUGGUCUACAGUUGUAUCAUUUCACUCAACUUCAUUGGCUUACAAGUCUUUGCCCAGUUAUUUUGCCUUAUUAGACAUGAAGAAUGGAGAAAGGCUGAAAGUUAUGAUAUAAGUGCUUGUUCUUCAUGUUUCCUUCUUGUUCUUACUUAUGCUAUUAGUUUUCUUCUCCUUGUGACUCCAUUCUUUUCAUUCUUCUCAACUUAUAACUCCCUUUCCCUUAUCAUGCUAAGGAUAGCCCUGACACUCAUCCAUUCUGCUGUCAAGGGCUAGUGGUUGGUGCUGGUAGAGGGAGCCCACUACACAGCAGCAUUCUUACCUUUGCUUGCCUAGGGCAUCCAGCCUGCCUUUCAUCUAAUAGGAAAGAUUACUUUUUGCUACUUUGGUAUUUCUAGGGUAACCAGUAUCACCUUGGCAGCUUAAAUAAAAAUGUUGCCAAAUAUUUAUUCCUUUUGCCUAAGGCUGGUUACCCAGUUCAAUUGCUUUUCAUUUUUAAUGUCUUACUUUUCAGAGUUCAUAUCUCAAAAGAGCAAUCAGUACAUCUGCUUUUCUUUCUGCAGAAUCCCUAAUCUCAACCAUCUGUACCUGGACUGUCCAAUUUUUUUUCUGUGCUGUAUUCUCUUAUAUACAGGCAGAUUGUAUGCCAAGAGUCCCUUGCCUCAAGCAAUUUCUGCUAAAACUUUCAAGUAGACUGUUUCCUUUUACAAUUAAAUUAUUGUAUUUAUUAAUUUGAAUCUAGUAAAUCCUUUCUCUAGCUCUGGCUAUACUGUCAAUAAAAAGAUGAAAGCAACAAGUUGAUUUUUUAGCUUGACUAUUGAUUGAGCAUUCUCAAAUGGGCAUGCCUCAGUGUCACAGCAGGCUGAACAUGAUCAGAUUUUGUUCUAUCAUCACACAAGGUGUGAGGGUUGCUGCCAAGUACUUCCAAGUGCUCCUCUCUUAACUGCAGUAUAUUAACAGCCAUGUAUACUUUCUCUAAGCAUCACCCUUCUGGCCACAGACUGAUCCAAGCUUCCUCUCCCUACCACCACCACCUACUAAUAACAAAGAUCUAUGAAUACGUAGUACUAUUGGGAUAUUUUUUAAGCACAGAAUUCCAGCUAAUCCCAGAAUAGACCUGUUUUUUAAAUUCUUAAAGGAGUAUAUUCCAAGAGCAUAUGAAGUAGAUGCUCAUUUUCCACAUAAAGGAGUCACCAUCAUUUUGUUCAAAGGGAAUUCAUGUGAUAGUUUCAUUCCUUAAGUGGUGCUAUAGAAGAACCCUGGGAAGAUGCUGGUCUUAUUGUCUUUAGAGUUAUCUGAUUUGAGAAAACAACUAAACUGAAAUGCAGCUGGAAGGCAGCACCAAUGAACAUAUGGUGAGCAGCAAAAAUGAGACCAUGACUACUGUUUUCAGAUAUUGCUGAGCUAAUUCAGUAGCCUUGGACAUUUCCCUUUAACUCAAGCAGGCUGGAAUCUGCCUCCCUUGUCAGCAACUUGUGAGUUAAAGCAGCACUAACGAUCACCCUUUAACGAUUGAUUUUUACCCCUUUCAGAUCUAGAAAGGCAAAAACUGAUGUCCCAGUUGUUCUCCAAGAACCUACUCCUUUAGUCAGUGUUUCCUCAAGCACGAGGAACAUGUCCCCAAAAGCUAGCUCUGCAUCAUAGCCCUGGUGGAUCCCUGACAACCCUAUUGUUCUAGUCUGAGCUUUGCAAUAUGUAAAACAGACCUGUGGUAUUCCUGCACAUGUAACAGCUUCAGCUUCUUAUGGGGUAGUGAUGGUCUCCAUGAAUAGCUAGACUCUUCUAAGAUGAAGAGAGAUGACUUCAACCAGGGGAUGAUCCACAUCAUCUGGCUGCUUUCUCCUACUGUUAACCUUUGUCACUUCUUCUAGUGUAUAAUCCCCAAAGUUGUCCUUUAUUACACAGAUCCUUGUUAAGUAAAUAUACUACUGCUGGUUUCUACUUCUUCCAGUACAACAUUUGGAUUAAAUAAAAAUCUUUAGUUUCCAGAUCUUGAGGAUUAGUUUCAUUGGCUAGUCUUCAAAACAAAGGAGAAACUUGAUCUAAAAGUUCUGCUAAAAUAACAUACCCAUCAUUUAAAGCAUUAUUUAUACAAAUGCACUUUAUUGUUUUAAACAGAACAAAAGAAGAGGCAGAAAAUAUUUGCAUAUAACAAAUCCUAGAUUAUAAAUGUAGUUUCUUAGUGGUGAUGUCUCUAAUCAUCAUUCAGGGAUCUUUUUUUUUUUAAUUUCUUCACUGUGUCUUGAGCACUGAUAUUAGAGAAAAGCACAUCGGCAUAAAGUGUAAACCAGUGUUUCAAAAUGCUGGAAGAACUUGGAGAGCAAAUAUGAUUUUUCGUAUUUCCUCUAAGUAAUCUUUAGUAAAAUAAAGGGUGAUCUUUGGCAUAGAUUCAUACUUUAAAGGCAUUAAUAUUGCAUUUAUAUCAGGUAAGCAACUAUACAAAUAUGCUGAGGGCCUUGAAAAUAAUCUUUAUCAGUUAAAAGGAAAUAGAGGAAGCCUGAGUGUAUGGUACCAACUUAAGACAAGUUUUACACAUUCAAUGUUGGAUCUAACACACACUGGAGGUGCGAAGGAAGGACAUUCAGGCAAAAGUUCUUACUCCUUUACUCAUCCAGUUCUGGCUUUGGGAAGAAAUAUGGUUUCACGUGCUGGGGAAUGCUUAGACAGCAGUGAUAAGUGCAAAAAAGGAAAAAUUGCCUUCUCUCACUUUGCUAAUAGGAAACUUAUUACGGUGAUAAUUAAAUAUUAUACCCAUUACUCUCUUGAACAGUUGUACUUGGGAGGGAGGAGACGAUCUUGAGCAAGGGGCUUGGUUGUAGUUGGUUGAGGGAGGUAGGAAUUACUGAGGACUAUUUCCCAUUGAUUCAUCCC